UCAGACAACAUAAAAGCAGCCAGAGGGAUCACAUCAGUCAGGAUUCUGGUGAGCGAUCUUGAAUUGACUUGGAGAAUGAAUUUCCCACUAUUACUGUUUGUGUCACUGUUCUGCAGCUUGACUUGGACCCAGGAUUAUGAUAGUAAUCCUGAAACAGGCACUAUAGAAACACAGUCAUGCUUUCCUGACAUGUGCAACCUCCUGAAAGAGUUUGGUGCCAUGAGAGAAAAACUGGGAGCUAUGGAAACCAGGCUGAGGGACAGUGAAAGCCAGAUUCUUGAACUGAAGGGCAAAGAAAACAACACGGUAGUAUUCAGUGUAGCAAAUGGUGGAAAUGGAGCUGUUGGACCCUUUGAUGCACACACAACUUUAAUCUACAGAACAGUGAUGACAAACAUCGGCAAUGCCUACAGUCCAGUUACCGGUAUCUUCGCAGCACCUACUGCAGGCAUUUACUACUUCACCUUCUAUUAUCAUGCCGGAGGGGAUCACCCAGUGAAUCUAUCCCUCUUCAAGAACAACGAGGUCGUUGUGGGGACCUCUGACCACCGCUCAUUGAACGACGGGGCCGACAACGGAGGCAACGCAGUGUUUGUGCAGCUGCAGAAAGGGGACCAGGUGUUCGUGCGCUUACAUGCUAAUACACAUGUUUGGGGAGACGACUACAGCACCACUUUCAGCGGUUUCUUGGUCAACCAGGUUUAAGAAACAGUGAAGAUGAUCCAUUUGUCGUCAUGAUUACGACUUUAGGUAAAGACUUAAACGUGCAGUGUGUAGCGUUUGUUGGUAUCUAGUGGUGAGGUUGCAGAUUGCAACAAAUUGAAACUUCUUCCAUGUGCCAAGCGUCUAGAAACCCAACGAUGGCCAACAUGAAAAACGCAAAUGACCCUUUCUAGAGUCAGUGUUUGGUUUAUCCUUUCUGAGCUACUGUAGCACAAUGGUGCCUGUCUACUUGAAGAUGACCAGCUCUGUAUGUAGACAUUGACUGCUCAUUCUAAAGUAAUGAAAACACAAUUCUUAUUUUCAUUAAAGAACAGAUACUUUUUGAUAUCAUAUUACAUUUCUACCAAUAGAUCCCCUUAAAUGCUGCACACUGUACUUUUGACAGGUCUGAAAUAAAUUGAGUAUUUUCAUUUGAAUUCAAUCUAAUAAUCUAAACCAGAUGCUACUGCGGGAUAAAACGUCAAUUUAUAUUCCAAUUGGGCUUUUGAAAACUGGGACUUUUUUAUUUUUUUCUGAGUUUAAAUUGCAGAAAGAAUCAGAAAACAGUUGUGUGUCAGUAACGGCAUGUCAAUACAUUUCAGAAAUCAAAAUCAAAGCUUUUGGUUAAAGAAUGUAUCUUAUUAACUUUAGUUACACAUCAAAUAAAGCAUUUGAUCAGAGGCUCAAACUAUUAUUGAAUAAAUCUGCUUCAAACUUUGCUAAAAUAAAUAAAGUGCUUAAGACUGAUGAUUUGUGAUUUGCAGUUGCCAUUAAAAAAAUGAAUUGUGACAACCA